UCUCACAUCAGGUCCCUGCCCCCUGAUACACGGCAGCAGUAACGGGGUUACUUUCCGUAUACCGUCUAGUUCCAGCACUGAUGGGAACCUCGGGGUCUAAGACAUAUCGGUGUGCAUAGCCUUCUUCUCCAGCUGACAAUACCAUGAAGUUAGAAGUCCUUCUUCUUCUCCUGUUGGGUUCUUGCAAGCUGUCCCCCGCGAAGAUUGCCGCUCCAAAUAAGUUUGUGUCCUUGGCGGAGAUGGAGGAUGCUUUAUUGAAGAACCUUUUCCAAGGCUAUCAGCGCUGGGUUAGGCCAAUCCAGCGUAACAAUGACACUAUUAAAGUACGCUUUGGACUCAAGAUCUCUCAGCUGGUCGAUGUGGAUGAGAAAAAUCAGCUAAUGACAACUAAUGUUUGGCUGUGGCAGGAAUGGAUUGAUUACAAGCUGCGAUGGAAUCCAGAUAAAUACGGAGGAAUCACCUCCAUCAGAGUUCCUUCAGAAAAUAUCUGGCUCCCAGACAUCGUCCUGUAUGAGAAUGCUGAUGGGCGGUUUGAGGGUUCCCUGAUGACCAAAGCUAUUGUGAAGUACAACGGGGCCAUCACCUGGACACCACCUGCCAGUUACAAAUCUGCCUGCACCAUGGAUGUCACUUUUUUCCCUUUUGAUCGGCAGAACUGCUCCAUGAAGUUUGGGUCCUGGACCUAUGAUGGCAGCAUGGUGGACUUGGUUCUCAUGGACAACCAGGUUGAUCGGAAAGACUUCUUUGAUAACGGGGAGUGGGAGAUACUCAAUGCUACUGGUGCCAAAGGAAACAGAAAAGAUGGCUUGUUAUCCUACCCCUUCAUCACAUACUCCUUCAUCCUGAAGAGGCUGCCUUUGUUCUACACGCUGUUCCUAAUCAUCCCUUGUUUGGGUUUGUCAUUUCUGACCGUCCUGGUCUUUUACCUCCCCUCAGAUGAAGGAGAGAAGCUUUCACUCUCUACCUCCGUCCUAGUGUCACUUACUGUGUUCCUGCUAGUCAUUGAAGAGAUUAUUCCCUCCUCCUCCAAGGUCAUACCCCUGAUCGGAGAGUACCUCCUCUUCAUCAUGAUUUUUGUCACCCUCUCUAUCAUCGUCACUGUCUUUGUCAUCAAUGUCCACCACCGCUCCUCAGCUACUUACCACCCAAUGUCGCCAUGGGUUCGAAACCUCUUUCUUCAAAAACUGCCCAGAUUGCUGUGCAUGCGAGGGCACACUGACCGCUACCACUACCCAGAGCUGGCUCCCGAAAGCCCUGAGCUGAAGUCUCGCUCUGGAGGUCGAAGAGGCCAGAAGACAAACAGUGGUUCGCUCGGACCGACUACUUCUGAUGGGAAGGACGAAGAAGCCUGGGGUACUAUGUUGGAGAAAGCCAUCUAUUCGGUGCGCUACAUCAGCAGACAUAUCCGUAAAGAACACUUCAUCCGUGAGGUGGUACAAGACUGGAAGUUUGUGGCCCAGGUGUUAGACAGAAUCUUCCUUUGGGCUUUCCUCACUGUCUCAGUAUUAGGCACCAUCCUUAUCUUCACUCCAGCUCUGCAGAUGUUCAUGAAAAUCCCUCCUCCAACUCCAAGUGAGGAACAAGCUUCAGAGCCGUUACACUGACGAGGCAACUGAUCAUCUGCCUUCAAAGAAAACAUUUUUUAAACAUGGUACCACUGAGCAAGAAGAACCCACUGCAGGCACCUUUUACAGGAUUUUGUUGACUAUCUGACUCUUUCUGUUAAACCACUGUGUAAAAUAUACAUGCGAAUAAGUCAUCAAGUCACUAUGUCUGUUUUGUCAAUAUCAUAAUGUUUCAUCUGAUUAUAUUGGCAUUUUAUUCUGGUUUAAGAUAUAUAUGACAACCUCAGUAACCAGUAGUUUCACCUGUGUUCAGUUUCAGUUCGCAAAUUGCCAAAAUAAAAAACAACAACAAA